CUCUCAACAUACGCAAACCCCGCAUCUCACAAUAAUUCCCUCCUUCUCCUCUAUAAUAAUUAUUAUUAUUAUUUUAACUUGGAGAGAGAGGGAGAGAGAGGGAGAGAGAGAUGGUGUUUACAACCAGUUGCUGCCUAAAUGUCUCACCUACUUCAAAAGCGCCUCAAGUUGCAUGGAAGAAGAAUGAAUUAGAAUCAUGGAGAUCAUCGAACAGCCCGUGUGUUCUAAUAGGCAUGGCUUCAGCUUCCAUGAUAAUCGGAUUAGAAAUUAGCAACGUGUCAGUGAUCUUCGACCAAACCCAUAUUGCCACCAAUGAAUACACGUCUUCGUCGUCGACGACGUUGGUCGUAGCCGAAUCGAACGGCCGCAGGAAGGCCGCCACGAAAUGGAGCGAUAAACGAAGUUGCCCAGCUUGGCGAGUGAAUUCUCUGGAGACCAUUGUGCCUGAGAACCUCCCCCGCCCGUCGGCUCGCAGGAGAUGGGAGGCAAUUGGGUAUGAUUCGAAGACUGCUCCUCCCGUUCAAGUUGAUGUCGGCAAAACUAUCAGCAGCCCCAACUGCUUUUCAAUGUAACCAAUUAAAUUUAUUACAAUGUGAAUUAAUGUGUCACACCACAUUAUAAAUGUAAUAAUAUUGUAUAUAUAUAUAUAAUGGAAACUAUA